UAUCCACAUUCCAUGGCAAAGGAUCAAGUUACUAUCUUUAGUUUUCGCCGGCUCUGCUGUAUCAUUUUAUUGUUCUCUUCAUUCUCUUUCAUAUCAUUCCUCUAUUGGUGCCAUGGCUAUAUUUUAUACCAGAAAAUGGAUCAGAAGCAAAUCCAACCGAUUAACCUCCUUACAUACUCUUCUGCGUGGAAUUAUCUCUCUUUCCCCUCAAGUUCACCACCGAAGCUUCUAAAGAUCGCACUCUUUGUCAAGAAAUGGCCUCAUAGAUCUCACGCAGGGGGGCUCGAAAGACAUGCAUUGACUCUGCAUCUAAGACUUGCCAAACGAGGUCAUGAGCUUCACAUCUUCACAACUUCCCCUCCGAAUUCUUCCUUCCCAAGAUACCCAAUAGGCAACUUACAUUUUCAUCUAUCAAAACCAACAGCUGGAGGGUAUUUGGACCAAGCUUCAGUCUGGAAGCUCUUUCAAACUCAAAACUCAACGGGAAGGCCUUUCGAUGUUAUACACACUGAAAGUGUUGGCCUCUUGCAUACUCGAUCUCGUAAUCUAACCAACCUGGCGGUUUCUUGGCAUGGGAUUGCCUACGAAACCAUUCAUUCGGACAUCAUUCAAGAACUUCUACGGAGCCCUGAAGAACCACAGGCAUAUGCUUUGACAGAGAGAAUUUUUAAGGUUAUUGAAGAGGUGAAGUUCUUCCCGUUUUAUGCUCACCAUGUUGCUACCAGUGACCAUGCUGGAGACAUCCUGAAGAGGAUUUACAUGAUUCCAGAAGACAGAGUUCACAUUAUUCUUAAUGGCGUAGACGAGGAAAUUUUCAAACCAGAUGUUGCCAAGGGGAAGAAUUUCAAGCAGAAGUUUGGCGUACCUGAAACCAGGACAAUGGUUUUGGGAAUGGCUGGGAGGUUGGUGAAAGAUAAAGGGCAUCCAUUAAUGUUUGAGGCUUUGAAACAAUUAUGCACGGAAAGAGUCCUUGUUCUGGUAGCAGGAGAUGGUCCUUGGGCUGCUAGAUACAGAGACUUGGGAUCUAAUGUAUUUGUUUUGGGGCCACUGGAACAAGCUCAAUUGGCAGCUUUCUACAACGCAAUAGAUAUCUUUGUCAACCCAACUCUUCGAGCACAGGGUUUGGAUCACACUCUAUUAGAAGCUAUUCUAUCCGGCAAGCCAGUAAUGGCCACGAGGGUUGCUAGCAUUGCAGGAUCUGUUAUUGUUGGCCCUGAAAUGGGUUAUACAUUCUCACCAACGGUAGGUUCGUUAAAGAAGGCCCUGUCUAUUGUUCUUUAUGAUGGCCGAGAAGCUUUGGAAGAGAAAGGUCAGACAGCUAGGCGCAGAGGUUUGCAAUUAUUCACAGCCACCAAGAUGGCAGCUGCUUACGAAAGGCUUUUCCUUUGCGUAUCAGAUGGUGAUGGCAAUGUGGACAAUUACUGCCGUUACCAAGAUUCAUCCAAGUAAAAUAUUAUUUCUUUCUCAAAAUUUUGAUUUCUAAGGGUUGGCUACCAUUUCAACUUUUGAAUGGUGUGCUUUCAAUUGCUGUCUAAUGUGGCUACGCAAUUUUGCAGCACUUGACAAAGCCUAGGGAAUUGCUUUAACCUGGAUUUUUGAGGAUUCGCUGUAGAAAAUCAGAGAUUUAGAAGUUUUUUUUUUUUUUUUUUGGUAAUAAAUAAAUGCGAGCUUAAACUUGGAAACAUUUUUUGACCAUUUUCUGUUUAUUUAAUUGAUUGCUCUCUGGGUGAAUUUUUCGUUAGGUGUGUCUUCUACACUUUUGUUUUCUCUGCAUAUCCUCUAAUCGUGCCACUUUUGAUUUAGUUCUAGGAAAAUUUUUCUUCUUCAGGAAAUUCCUAAUAAAGUAUAAUAUUGUGCAUUUCAAACCUCUCAUGUAUAUG